AUGGGUCUGGCCCAUGUGUGUUGGGCUGUUGCGCUCCCUAGCUCCUGUGGCGUCAUCUACAAGAGCUUUGCUCAGUGUCUCCUCACUCUGGGGGACAGUCUGGGUGACACACAGAAAGAGCAGAGCAAACAGGACAUUGACACAGUCUGCAGUUGUCCUGGAGAUGCAGCGGCUGUGUGGGAGUCUCUGAGGCAAGAGUCCAGGAAGACACAGUUUUCUGGAAACCUCUAUGACAUGUGUGCCAGCCGCACCACACUGGCACCCAAUACAGUGCCCGUGCCACCCUCCCAGAGGCCACCAACGUCAGACCAGACCAAUCAAGAAACUCUAAAAGGGUACACGCAUCACCUUGGACCCGCCUACACCCCGCUUCUGCUCUCAGCAUGCAUCUCUCUACUGCUCCUGCUCAGGAUGUAG